AUGUUUAAGAAUCUUGCUGUAUUUACUGUUGGUUUCAUUGGUGGUGUAUAUGCAACACAAAACUAUGAUGUUCCAAACAUUAAGAAGAAGACUGAGAAGACUAUCAACACUGUAAAGGAUUAUUUCAAAUAA